AUGAAUCACUAUCUGGGUUCAAAUGCCUAUGCCUAUCACGGUUGGCAGAAUAACCAGGUUAAUCUCGGAGCUGGUACCCUUCGGGACACGACAACAGCUUCUUUUCACGCCGGCAGCAGAGGUCAGCAGCAGCAGCCUCCCGGCUUCCGUCAGAAAGACUAUGGUUCAUCCCUACGUAUUCACUCGUCAGCUAGCAGCACUCACGACUACAGGUUUGCACAAACACAAACAGAUUGCAAAAUCACCCGGAGAAGUCAUAAUCGGAGUUUGCUUAGUGCCCUACCGUCAGUUUAUUUUCGUCAGGGGGGUAAAUUCACGCAAGACAAGACUAUGUGCACCGAAGCUAGAAGAGGGCAAAAGGUCUGCCUUGUCCUCGGCAGGCGUUAG